GGUCGCGUCACUUACGUAUGACAUGUCUCUCACGUCACAGUCACGUCACACGUCAUUUGACAUUUUAUUUCUGACCGACGGAGGAAGAUCAUGCUCGUUUCAUCAAAAUAUUAAAAUAGUUGCAAAAGUAUCUUAUAGUGUUACAGUGAGUGUCCUAGUGCCUGUGACAUCCCAUUUACUAUCUUUACAGAACAAAUUGACAGCACAAUGUUCAGUUGGCUAAAGAAAGAAGGUGAAAAAUCCGAAAGUAUCGAAAAUGUCGUGGAGGGUCUUAAAAGAAUAUAUAAAACAAAACUUUUACCCUUGGAGCUUCACUACCAGUUCCACGAUUUUCAUUCACCGCAGCUCGAAGAACCUGAUUUCGACGCCAAACCUAUGAUCCUGCUCGUUGGUCAAUACUCCACCGGUAAAACUACAUUCAUCAAAUAUCUGUUGGAACGGGACUUCCCGGGUAUAAGAAUAGGUCCUGAACCUACUACCGACAGAUUCAUCGCCGUGAUGUAUGAUGAAAAGGAAGGAGUGAUACCUGGCAAUGCACUCGUCGUAGAUCCCAAGAAACAGUUUCGCCCCCUAAGCAAGUUCGGUAAUGCAUUUCUGAAUCGGUUCCAGUGUUCAACGGUUAGCUCGCCAGUGCUGAAGGGCAUCUCCAUCGUGGACACACCCGGCAUCCUGUCGGGAGAGAAGCAGCGUGUCGACCGCGGCUACGACUUCACAGGUGUGCUAGAAUGGUUCGCCGAGCGCGUCGACCGCAUCAUCUUACUGUUUGACGCACACAAGCUUGACAUAUCAGAUGAAUUCAGGCGCAGUAUUGAAGCUUUGAGGGGGCAUGAUGAUAAAAUUCGUAUUGUUCUGAAUAAAGCUGAUAUGAUUGAUCACCAGCAGCUAAUGCGUGUUUAUGGUGCUCUCAUGUGGUCACUAGGCAAGGUGCUGCAGACACCUGAGGUGGCCAGAGUAUACAUUGGUUCUUUUUGGGACCAGCCUUUACGCUAUGAUGUGAACAGGCGAUUGUUUGAGGAUGAAGAGCAGGAUCUCUUCAGAGACAUGCAGUCCUUACCACGAAAUGCUGCUUUGAGAAAACUGAAUGACUUGAUCAAAAGAGCUCGCCUUGCCAAGGUUCAUGCAUACAUUGUCAGUGAGCUAAGGAAAGAAAUGCCUUCUGUCUUUGGAAAAGAUGGUAAAAAGAAGGAAUUAAUAAAGAAUUUGGGUCAGGUGUAUGACCGCAUCCAGAGGGAGCAGCAAAUAUCCCCUGGUGACUUCCCAGACAUUAAGAAGAUGCAAGAAACUUUGGCUAACCAUGACUUUACCAAAUUCCACCCGCUGAAACCCAAACUGCUUGAAGUGGUGGACCAUAUGCUGGCCACGGACAUUGCUCGCCUCAUGGACAUGAUUCCGCAGGAAGAUGUGAACAUUGUGUCCGAGCCACUCAUCAAAGGCGUUGAAGACCAAGUGUCGCCAUUUGGCUAUGGACGAGGGGAGGGUGUGGACGCGGGCCACGGCGACCCCGAGUGGAUCUGCAGCAAGGAGAAGCCACGCUACGAUCAGAUCUUCCAGGCGCUGAAUCCUAUCGACGGCAAAGUCACAGGCGCCGGUACGCAGCUUUCUUACAUGUGGCCAACAGAGUCGCGCCGGCGGAACGUUACGUCCUAUCACUUCGCGGUACACAAGGCUCUCGACGCUCUCCUCGCUACCACACAAAACUGCUCUCACAUCACUGAUCUGUGCUUGCAUCUCAAAGACCAAGACAAUAAUCUUAGUUAUACGCAACUCGUUAAUUCUCUCUAUAGCGCUACUCAAAACUGUCAACUAAUUACGCAGUUCCUCUUGAGUCUCGAGGCAGCCGCGGCCCCCGGCGGUCGCGACUCGCCGGUCGUGUCCAUACACAGCGUGGCCGGCAGUCUGGACGGCGCCGCCGCCGACGAGCGCGGACGUGACGGCGCACACUAUGAUGGACACGCAGACGACGGUCGCGACGACAGCGAGGCGGACUCUCAGUCCGAGUGUAAAGGCGCGUCACCGUGUCACGCGUACAGCUCGGGACCACUGUGGACCACGGUGCGGUUUCUGGUUCUCCUUUCGCUGAACCUCGUCACGCUGAUAAUAACGACUGAGGUUCUCUUCGUUUCGCUGGUGUAUGUGUUCACAGGCGAGAGAUACCUCGAAUUUUACGUGGACAGGUCUCCGAGCACUUGGUUGGAGAAAGCUAAACAUUCUUCGAGUGAAGUCGUUGAGGUUAGUCUUACGACCGCCAAGACGGAGAUGGUGAAGUCGAAGCUGCCGAACUCGGUGCUCGGCAAGAUUUGGAAACUGUCGGACAUCGACAAGGACGGGUUCCUGGACGAGGACGAGUUCGCGCUGGCCAUGCAUCUCAUCCACGUGAAGAUCGACGGCCACGACCUGCCGGCCGAGCUGCCCGCGCACCUCGUGCCGCCCUCCAAGCGGAACUGAGCGCGCUCGCGUGCCACGCAACAAGGUAUUUAUCAACUUGUCCGGUUGCUACACAAGUACAUCUUGAUAUGUCUUCUACACAUUAAUGCACUUUUAUGAAAUUUAAAAGUUAUUUAUUAGAUGCCGAGUCGAACGAGAGAUUUACUUAAUUGAUACAGUUGAGAGUUCGACUGUACGUAUUGAUGUCGUCAGCUAGAGUGUCGCUCUGUCCGCCACCGUUCGCGACGAGUUAGUUUUGUGUGGUAGGGAGACAUACAACAACAUUCAAAGUAAAUGUUUCAUUGUAUUUCCUGAACGUUAAUGUAUUUUCUUUACAAAUGUUUUUACACUAUUUAUUAGCUUGCAUGUAUUUGUAAGUUUUUAUUUAUACGUGAAAUUAGGUUGAAAAUGACCAAAUAGCUGCAUCCAAUGUAUUAGCUUUAUUUACUUAAAUUACUGUUAGUGCGGGCUGCGGGCUGCGGGCUGCGUCUUAACUUAUUUUGUUAACUUUAUACGUUAAGUACAUGUUUAUUUUCUAAAAUGUAUUCAUAAAUGCUGGACUAGUGUAAUUGCGUCUAGAGCGGACUUUCUGGUUCCGUAGUCGAGUUGUUCCUACUAGAGCUGCGGGCCAUGUGUCGGAGGGUGGCCGUGUCCACGUGACGUGCCUUGCCUUCAGUGUUUAGGUGUAAAGCUUCGUGUGGCGGCCCGCUGCUACUUUGUCUUGUGUAUACUGGGGUACUAACUGCGAGUUCAACUUUUGUGGGGUUUGUGUAAAUACAGAGUUUUAUAUUGGCUAGAUUUUUGAAAUGUAUUUUAGCUUGUGGUUGGCACCACUGCGCUGCCACGUGACGUCACUCGGGACAUGACGAGGCCGCGCGGCGCCGCCACUCGCGCCUUUUACAUUUUGCUAACAACUGUAUGUACAUAAAGAUAUGUAAAUUGAAUACAAUAUUAUUAUCAUAAAUUAUAUAAUUAUAGAGUUUAAUAAAUAGUUAAGAAGCAA